AUGUGGGAGUCGACUUGUGGCGGCAUUGGUAUGGAUGGUUCGCUGCUGUUGGUGAGAACAGCCAGUAACUCAGCUUCACUUGGUCUUCUGCACGUGCAUGGAUCCACAGUGCGAAGGCAACAGUCAUACAAACAUCAACGAAAUCCACAUCACUAUCACCACGCAGCCCAGCAUCCCUCACACAUCAUGGAGGCCAUCCGCGAAGCGUACGAGAAGAGAGAGUACACCGAUGUGGUCGUUGUCUGCGGCGAUCGCACAUGGGACGCGCAUCAAGUAGUGGUCCUCAAGAAGAGCCCGUACUUCAAGAGCAACACGAAGGGUAACAAAGUCCAGCUCACCAACGACGACACCGACGUCGUAGCAGCUACGAUACACUACUGCUACUACCAGACCUAUCCUGCAAGCAUGAGACGCCCAUCGCUGUAG